GGGGGCGGAGCCUUGCUUAAGGUCCAGUCAUCCCAAGCACCUUCGGCGGGACUGUAAUGGCCGGAGAGAUGACGAUCUUAGGAUCCGCUGUUCUGACUCUCCUCUUGGCAGGCUAUUUGGCACAGCAGUAUUUACCAUUGCCCACUCCUAAAGUGAUUGGCAUUGACCUAGGCACCACCUAUUGUUCUGUUGGAGUGUUUUUUCCUGGCACAGGAAAAGUAAAGGUGAUUCCGGAUGAAAAUGGUCAUAAUAGUAUACCCAGCAUGGUGUCCUUUACCGACCAUGAUGUUUAUGUGGGCUAUGAGAGCUUGGAGCUGGCAGACUCAAAUCCUCAAAACACAAUAUAUGAUGCCAAGAGAUUCAUAGGUAAGGUUUUCACCCCUGAAGAGCUUGAGAGUGAAAUGGGCAGAUACCCAUUUAAGGUGCUAAACAAAGAUGGAAUGGUUGAGUUUUCUGUGACAAGCAAUGAGACCAUCACUGUUUCUCCAGAAUAUGUUGGCUCUCGAUUGUUGUUGAAAUUAAAGCAAAUGGCAGAGGAAUAUCUUGGAAUGCCUGUCAUUAAUGCUGUCAUUUCUGUACCAGCAGAAUUUGACCUAAAACAGAGAAAUUCAACAGUUGAAGCUGCUAACCUUGCAGGACUGAAGAUCUUACGGGUAAUAAAUGAACCCACAGCAGCAGCUAUGGCCUAUGGUCUCCACAAGGCUGAUGUUUUCUAUGUCUUAGUAAUAGACUUGGGAGGAGGAACUCUAGAUGUGUCUUUACUGAAUAAACAAGGCGGGAUGUUUCUAACCCGAGCAAUGUCUGGAAACAAUAAACUUGGAGGGCAAGACUUCAAUCAGAGGUUGCUUCAGUACUUAUAUAAACAGAUCUAUCAAACAUAUGGCUUCCUCCCUUCUAGGAAAGAGGAAAUCCACAGGUUAAGGCAAGCUGUGGAAAUGGUCAAGUUAAAUCUGACUCUUCAUCAGUCUGCCCAGAUAUCAGUAUUACUAACUGUGGAGGAAAAGGACCGAAAGGAACCUCAGGGUGAAGACACUAAACCAAAGGACAAACUUACCUCAGCAGAUGGCCGCCAUGUGAACAGUGCAUUUGGACCUGGCCCUUCUGAAAAGAAAAGUAGAGAAAAUCAAGUUUUAUUUGAAACAGAAAUAUCCCGGAAGCUCUUUGAUACCCUCAAUGAGGAUCUCUUUCAGAAAAUCCUCGUGCCUAUUCGGCAAGUGUUAAAAGAAGGCCAUCUAGACAAGACGGAAAUCGAUGAGGUCGUUUUAGUUGGGGGUUCUACUCGUAUUCCUCGCAUCCGCCAAGUCAUUCAGGAGUUCUUCGGGAAGGAUCCCAAUACGUCUGUGGACCCCGAUUUGGCGGUGGUGACAGGAGUGGCCAUCCAGGCAGGGAUUGAUGGCGGCUCUUGGCCACUCCAGGUCAGUGCUUUAGAAAUUCCCAAUAAGCAUUUACAGAAAACCAAUUUCAACUGAAUUCUGCAGAAAUGAUGACUCUUUGUGAUUUUUGUCUAACGAUCUCUCCCUUUAACAAACCACCGGUUCCAAAAAA